CGACAAUCCAACUGUACAAAUCCAGAAUGUCUCCCAAAAGUCAAAUCUCAAACAGGUACCACCGAUUUUGACAAAACUAUAUUUAAUUUAUUUAUAUAACCACCACGAAACGCUCCUCAUUUCCGCGCACGGCUUUUGUCUCUUCUCUCUCUCUCUCAUAAUGAUUUUCCCGACCAAGCUCUUCCUCUUCACGGCGGCGCUGCUGUUAUCUGCCACCACUUCAUUCUCCGCCACUCGCUGCCCCAACUGCGGCAACACCACAGUUCCGUACCCGCUCAGUACAGGACCCACAUGUGGUGACCAGUCUUACAAAAUCCGGUGCGAUUCCAACAACACACUUCAGUUUGACACGUUAAAUAAUUCCUAUCCGAUCACAUCCAUCAGUCCGUCAAUCCAACGGCUGGUGAUCAAGCCUGCGAGUCUCUUACCCAACACGUGCCUUGCAACUGAUCUCCCCGAUCAAGGCAUCCAGCUCAAUGCCAGUUUACCCUUCAACAUUACGAGUAGUAAUACCAUCAUGUACUUGAACUGCUCCAACACUUUACUCGGUUCCCCAUUGAACUGUACGUCGACCAGCUUGUGCCACGUGUAUGUCAACGCCACGGCCGGCUCUUCUGCGUGCAAUGACCCAUCCGCCUCGCUGUGUUGUACGUUUAGAGCGGGUGGGUCAACGACAUCGUAUAUGAUUAGGCUGAGGGAGGCAGGUUGUAGGGCCUACACGAGUUUUGUGAACUUGGACUCGAGUGAGCCCGUGAACCGGUGGUCCGAACCGGGGGUGGAGAUCCAGUGGGUUUCGCCAAGCGAGCCCGUGUGUGGGUCGCAAGCUGACUGUGAUAAGAAUUCUACAUGUGGGGCUGAUACACUUGACAGUGGGGUCAAGAGAUGCUUCUGUAAGGCAGGGCUUAAGUGGGAUCCGAUUCAAGGCAUUUGUGAUGAAAUAAUUACGUGUCAAGAUCCUGACGGUUGUGGAGGAAAAAAUAGAACUGCACUCAUAGCAGGAUUAACUGGUGGAAUUGGCGUAUCACUGAUUGCUGCCACCAUCGCAAUUUUACUCUACAGAAGACACAAACGCAUCAAGGAAGCACGAGAACGCCUGGCCAGAGAGCGAGAAGAGAUUCUUAACUCCGGAAGCGGAGGCAAAGCCUCCAAACUCUUCACGGGCAAAGAGAUAAAGCAAGCCACAAACAAUUUCUCCAAAGACCGACUCUUAGGAGCUGGAGGAUACGGUGAAGUCUAUAAAGGCAUUCUUAAAGAUGGAACUGAAGUUGCUGUCAAAUGUGCCAAGGUUGGAAAUAUUAAGGGCACUGAUCAAGUCCUCAAUGAGGUCAGAAUUUUAUGCCAAGUUAACCAUAGAAGCCUUGUGGGAUUGCUUGGUUGUUGUGUUGAGUUAGAGCAGCCGAUUAUGGUUUACGAGUACAUCCCAAAUGGGACUCUUCUUGACCAUUUACAAGGCAAGGUUAAACCUGGAGCCCAUGCCCAACUGACUUGGACUCGACGUCUACAGGUUGCUCACGACACUGCUGAAGGUCUUGCAUACCUUCAUUUUUCAGCUGCUCCUCCAAUUUAUCAUCGUGAUGUCAAGUCUAGCAACAUUCUGCUUGACGACAAGUUGAGUGCAAGGGUUUCGGAUUUCGGGUUGUCGAGAUUAGCUCACACUGAUUUGAGUCACAUUUCUACAUGUGCUCAAGGGACCCUUGGGUAUCUUGACCCUCAAUAUUACAAGAAUUAUCAGUUAACUGAUAAGAGUGAUGUUUAUAGUUUUGGGGUUGUGUUAUUAGAACUGUUGACGUCUCAGAAAGCUAUAGAUUUUACCAGGGCUGAAGAUGAUGUGAACCUGGCAGUUUAUGUGCAGAGGAUGUUGGAGGAAGAAAAAUUAAUGGAGACAAUUGAUCCUGUGUUAAGAGAGAAAGCGAGUAAUUUGGAGUUGGAGACAAUGAAGGCAUUGGCAUUUUUGGCUGUGGGUUGCUUAGAAGAACGAAGACAAAAUAGGCCUUCCAUGAAAGAAGUAGCUGAAGAAAUUGAAUACAUUAUCAGCAUUGCAGCAGCAGAGACUAAAAAGAAAUAGUUUUUCAAUUAAUCUAUGCUCCUGUUUUAUGGAGACGCCGGGUAUUGGAAUGUAUGUAUGUUUAGUUUAAGAGAUGCUUUGCAUCAAUAAGACUGUUCAAUGGAAAUUUUACCAGAAUUGCAUAUCUAAUAAUGGAAGUGUUGUUAUUCCAAAGAGAAUAAUGGAAUGUAUGCUUUGCAUU